AUGAAGCGCGUAGCCCUUCUAGCAGUAGGCUCGUUCAAUCCACCAACAAUUGCCCACCUACGGAUGCUAGAGGUAACGUUAAUCAAAUGAAGGACGUUAAUUACAAAAAUAUUGAUUUAGGUUGCACGCUCUUAUUUAGAAGGAAUAAAUACUCAAAUUGUAGAAGGUAUAAUGAGUCCUGUAGCAGACGCGUACAAUAACAAGGCGACACUAAUCAGGGCAAGUCACAGGUAAUAGCUAUUUAAAAAAAGUGUAGGGGAGAUUUUUCAGAAUUGAAAUGGUUCGUGCAUCUACAAAAAGUUCCGAUUGGAUUCGAGCGGAUGAUUGGGAAUGCUCUCGGUCGACAUGGAGCCGCACUCUCGACGUGCUCGUGCAUCAUAAGGAGCAAGUGCAGGUGCAAAAACCAAUCUCUCCCGAAAUUACGAUCAUCUGAUUCAGAAAAAGUUUGGUUCCGAUGUUGGAUUGAUGCUCGUUGUGGGCGGCGACGUAGUCGAUUCGUUUCCCCGGGUCUUGCCGGACGGUUCGAAUCUCUGGAAUGUACGUGACAUUCUUCGGAUCAUCACGGAAUUCGGAUUGAUUGUUCUGAAAAGAGACGGAUCUCGUCCUCUCGACACUGUCCGAUCGAUCGACGCUCUCGCCGAACACGCCAACAGAAUAAUCUUCGUCCAGGAUGACGUAUGUCCGAGUGGAGUGAGCUCAACACGUCUUCGGGCAGCCAUCGCAGCGAAUCGGUCAAUCAAAUACGCGACUCCGGACGAUGUGAUUACUUAUAUCAAAGAAAACCAACUCUACAAAUCUUGA